AUGGAGCCGGCGGAGGUUCUGGUGUUCGCCUCGGUGCUGGCCAUCAUCGUGGUGUCGCUGCUGUCCAACGUCCUGGUGCUGAUCUGCUUCGUGUACAGCCCCGAGAUCCGCAAGCAGGCUCCGGGGCUCUUCAACCUCAACCUGACCUUCUGCAACCUGUUGCUCACCGUGGCCAACAUGCCGCUGACGCUGGCCGCCCUGGCCGGCAGCGCCCAGCCGGGCGGCGACGCCCUGUGCCGGGCGGCCGGCUUCCUGGAGACCUUCCUGUCCACCAACUCCAUGCUGAGCAUGGCGGCGCUCAGCAUCGACCGCUGGGUCGCGGUGGUCUUCCCGCUGCGCUACCACUCCAAGAUGCGCCACCGGGACGCCGCCCUGGUGCUGGGCUACGCCUGGGCGCACUCCAUCGGCUUCUCCAUGGCCGCCACCUGCCUGUCGUGGCUGGGCUACCACCGGCUGUACGCCGCCUGCACGCUGGCCGCGCCGAGGGACCGGGCCGGCGGCCGCACCCCCUUCGUGGUCUUCACCGUCCUCUUCCACUCCUUCACCUUCCUGCUGUCGCUGGUGGUGCUGUGCGUCACGUACCUCAAAGUGCUGAAAGUGGCCCGCUUCCACUGCCGGCGGAUCGACGUCAUCACCAUGCAGACCCUCGUGCUGCUGGUCGACAUCCACCCCAGCGUCCGCCAGCGCUGCCUGGAGGAGCAGCGUCGGCGUCGGCAACGAGCCACCCGGAAGAUCAGCACCUUCAUCGGCACCUUCAUGCUCUGCUUCGCUCCCUACGUCAUCACCAGGAUCGUGGAGUUGUUCCCGGCGGUCCCCAUCAGCCCCCACUGGGGCACGGUCUCCAAGUGCUUGGCGUACAGCAAGGCGGCGUGCGACCCCUUCGUGUACUCGCUGCUGCGCCACCAGUACCGCAAGACGUGCGGCGACAUCGCGGACCGGCUGCUCAAGCGCAGCCGCUCUUUGAACGGGUCGGGCCUCGGGGUCCGCGGGGGCCGCGGGGGCCGCGGCGGCGCUUUGCCCAGGGCGGAGUGA